AUGGCGCAGCGAUUUUUUGACCGUUUUGCGGAUACCACGGAUCGAGCCAAGGAAGAGCACAAACCUGAAGAACAUGGCCUCUCCGAUUUCCUGUCCAAGUCCCAGCGGGGUGACCUGAUGAUUCUAAUCUCGACUACCUUGGAGCAGAUGCUGAGUACAAUAUUGGAAAGCUUCGAAGCGCUCCCCAUCUCUCGGAAAGAUUCACCAAGGUCGAGAAAUGAAGAUGCUCGAGAUUGGAACGAAUUUGGCCAUGACGUUUCAUCGAAAACAACCGAAGAGGGCAUAAGAGAUGCGGUUGGCUUGGAUCCCGAAUCGAGAAAGGAAGCACUCGCGUACUUUGAUGAAUGGCAAAAUUCAGUCUUCCUGCGGAUCGGACAGGUUAUAAAUGAGCGGGAAGGGCCACAAGAUGGUCGGGCUCCAGUCAAGAAGUUUCAUGAGGAACCUACGGAACCGGAACAAGAGUCGUCGAAUCGAUUACAGCAAAUAUACCCACCUCUCGAUAAUACGCUUCGAGACGGACCAAAGGCGCAAAGAUUACUUAUCUUACGGUCUCUCUUGCUCUUGCUUCUCAGCCUAGAGCACUACAACGCAUAUUCACGAGUGCUUCUAUUGCGUAUCGCCUCCUCAUUAAACCUUCAGGCCAGUGACUUAAACGACAACGAAGUCAAGAUAGCACGUGGAUUACUUGAUGCUGCAGUAGCCAUGACGGCAGAUGAGGAAGCUAAAAAGAAGGCAGCAGACAAUCAGAAUCUUCGAAAAUGGAAAGUUGGCCUUGCAACAGUAGCUGGUGCGGCCCUGAUAGGCAUUACCGGCGGGCUUGCAGCGCCUCUGGUAGCAGCUGGGCUUGGAACUGUAAUGGGCGGUCUGGGUCUUGGAGGAACCAUCGCUGCUUCUUAUCUGGGAGCACUCGCUAGCAGCGGAGUAGUAGUAGGCGGUCUCUUUGGAGCCUACGGUGGGAAAAUGACCGGCAGGAUGAUGGAUAGUUAUGCCCGCGAAGUCGAGGACUUCGCCUUCAUUCCUAUACGGGGAACCACAGCAAAGAAGUUCAAGGAUGAAAAGGAAGCUGCAAAGGAAGACCACCGCUUGAGGGUAACAAUCGGGAUCACUGGUUGGGUGACCGAAGAGGAUAAUAUCACUGAACCAUGGCGAGUCAUUGGACCUGAGUCGGAGGUCUUUGCUCUCCGGUGGGAAUAUGAGUCAUUACUGAAUCUUGGAAACUCGAUGCGCGCUUUGGUCACCACGGCAGCAUGGAAAGUUGCGAGUCAACAACUCCUCAUUUGGACAGUCUUUGCAGGCAUCAUGAGCGCAGUCAUGCUACCCUUUGGUCUUAUGAGAAUCGCCAAGAUAGCCGCAAAUCCUUUCAGCGUGGCUAUUUCAAGAGCAGACAAAGCUGGUGAGGUGCUGGCGGACGCUCUGAUAAACGGAGCACAAGGAAAACGCCCCGUGACUUUGAUCGGUUAUUCUCUCGGCUCUCGGGUGAUAUAUUCGUGCCUGCAAAGCCUGGCUAAAAGACGGGCCUACGGACUUAUCGAAUCUGUUGUGUUCAUGGGAGCACCCAUCCCUGCAGAUUCAGCUAAAUGGCACUCCAUGCGUGCCGUCGUUGCCGGUCGACUCGUAAACGUCUACUCUGAGAAGGACGCUGUCCUUGCCCUUCUCUACCGCGCCACGCACCUUGAAGUCGAUAUAUCGGGCCUCCAGCCAGUCAGCGGUGUCCCGAAUCUCGAAAACAUAGACGUCAGCGCUACAGUUUCGGGUCACCUUCGCUAUCAAUUCCUUGUGGGCCAGGUUCUUACAGACAUUGGGUUUGAGGAGAUAGAUGCAUCUGAACUCGAAAUGGAGAAAUUAGCUCUGUGGAAUCAAGACGAACAAAUCGAGCGAGAACAAGCGGAAAAUGAGAAACGGAAACCCGUUGCACCAGCCAAAAGGAAAUAUCCACCAUCCCAGGCACCCACCGAACCCAAAACCAGCGCAGCCCCGACUACCGAGGGGCAAAAAGAUGAUUUACCUGCGGAUAUAUCAUUACUAAGGAAAGAAGAAGAAGAGGUCCCCCAUCGUCACUACACCCACGACCGCAAUAAUGAUAAGCUUGACCAUAGUGAUGACGAAAGUGGCCACGAAGAUGAGCUCAACUUCAUAACAAUGAUAGAUGAAGAGGAUGAAGCGCGUCUACACCAGGAAAUUGCGCAACGGACACAGGAGCAGAUGUUGAAUUGGAGGACGCGGCAGAUGCGGAACUGA